CCUUUACACCCUCCAUCUCCUCUGUAUAUAAACAGACAUCAACUUCACAUAUUCAAAUCAUCUCAUUCCUCAAUACCCACUUCAAAAUCAAUCAUACACACCCUGAUCAGCUUCUGUAAUUGACCAUGGCAACGUCUACAUUCACUUGUCUUUCACUACUCUCCCUUCUCCUCCUAUCCACCACAUUCUCAUUAACCACUGCAGCUCGAACCCUAACAGAAGACCCAGAGACCGCGAUCCCUGUAGCUGCACCCGAUGCAGAUGAUGUCACUCCCUUGGGCGCCAUCCCACCUAACCCAGCUUCCACCACCACCACCGGAACUACCGGUGUGGUGCCCGUUGAAGGUCCCGACCACACACUCACCUUCUUUAUGCACGACAUUCUCGGCGGGUCAAACCCCUCAGCUAAAGCAGUCACCGGAGCCGUCACUAACCCCGCCUUGAAUGGUCAGGUUCCCUUCGCUAAACCUAACGGAGCAAAUCUCCCGGUCAACAAUGGCGUCUCACAGGAUGACGGAAACAGCGGAGUCCUCAACAACAACAAUCUCCCGUUUCUUACUGGCCUAGGUGGAACCACUUCAAAUGUCUUCCAAAACAACAAUAAUAACAACAACAAUAACAAUGUUUUUGCUGCCAUUGGUGGACAGCUCCCGCAAGGAAACGCGUUGCAACAGUUUAUGUUCGGAACGUUGACUGUGAUUGACGAUGAGUUGACCGAAGGACACGAACUUGGAUCUGGUUUGAUCGGAAAGGCUCAAGGGUAUUAUGUAUCGAGUUCCAUAGAUGGGAAGAGUCAGACGAUGGCGUUUACUGUGAUGUUUAUGCACGGGAGUUAUAUUGAUAGUUUGAGCUUUAUGGGGGUUCACCGGAGUGCGGUGGCGGAGUCCCAGCUGGCGGUGAUGGGUGGCACCGGGAAGUAUGUGAAUGCUAAAGGGCAUGCGGUGGUGAAGACUUUUCAGGGGACAAACCAGCAGAAUAAUGAUGGAACUGAGACACUGCUUCAGUUUCAUGUAUAUCUUGCGUAUUAGUUUGUAUAAGUCUAUGUGUGUUUGGUUUCUAUUUAUAUGCUUUCCAUGUUUAUGUGAUGUUAUGAAAAUUUGUGUGUGAAAUACAAAAGAAUUUAACAAUUUCUACUUUUC